UCUUCCUGGUGUCUCAUCCUUUCCUUCCUCCCUCUCGUGGUUUGUGACCCAUGGAGGAGAACCAAGAGAAGUUUGCUGAGAAGAGCGGCGGCGGCGGCGGCGGCAGCAGCAGCGGCGGACGGGGGCCGGUGCGAACGAUCUGCGUCUUCUGCGGCAGCAGGCCGGGGAACCGGCCGUCCUUCAGCGCUGCCGCGCUCGACCUCGGAAAGCAACUGGUCGAGAGGCAGAUCAAUCUGGUCUACGGCGGCGGCAGCGGCGGCCUGAUGGGCCUGGUGUCCAAGGCCGUCCACGAGGGCGGCCGCCACGUCCUCGGGGUCAUCCCUAGCGCGCUCCUGCCUGAAGAGGUGUCGGGGGAGACAUUGGGGGAGGUGAAAGUGGUCAGGGACAUGCAUGAGCGCAAGGCAGAAAUGGCGAAGCACGCCGACGCCUUCGUCGCCCUGCCAGGCGGUUACGGGACGAUCGAAGAACUGUUGGAGAUCAUAACAUGGGCGCAGCUGGGGAUCCACAACAAACCGGUGGGGCUGCUCAACGUCGACGGCUACUACAACAGCCUGCUCUCGCUGUUCGACAAGGGCGUCGAGGAGGGCUUCAUCGACGCCAAGGCGCGGAACAUCUUCGUCCUCGCCGACACCGCCUCCGAGCUGCUGACCAGGCUCACCGAGGCGAGGCUGGCGGUCGAGGACGAUGACGAUGCCGCCGCCGCCGGAGGAGGAGAAGAAGAAGAGAAGGGCGCCGCCGCGGCGGGCGUCAAGAGGAAAAGAAGCUAGCUAGAACAAUAAUAGCAUGUGUUUCUCGAGCCAUCCAUCGUCUAUGCUCUUUUGUUGUUUUCUUGGACUCGGAGUUUGUUGUUUUCUACUCCUAGAUUUCAUUCCCGCGAGGUGUGGAUCCAGCAACCAGCUAGCUAGCAGUUGCUAACCU